CCAAAAAAAAAAAGAAAAGAAAAAGAAGGGCGUGUUCGUGCAUGUGCAAUUGUCCAGAGGGGCAGAGGUCAUCAGACAGCCGUCCUACUCCACUCGCCCUUGUCAGCCAUUCGUUCUGAGGGAAUUAUUCAUCACAUCAUAUAUACAAGGGAGUAGCUAGGACUCCACUCCACAGGGGGAGUGAACAAAUCCAUCGCCUGGAGGGAGCUAGUACUACAAGGCAACAAGAGAAGAAGACGGCCGGGGAUCGGAGCUAGCGAAUCGAGAUCUCCAAGACUCCAACUAACCAAGAGGCCGGCAACAAUAAUGGAGGAGGAGGAGGGGCAGUCGUCGGCGCCGUUGCUGGAGGAGAAGCAGCAGACCGCCUGGGUGGAAGGGUGCCCCGGGUGCGCCGUGGACAGGAGGAAGGCGGCCAACCCGGGCAUCCCCUACGGCAGCUUCAUAUACGUCUGGAUCGUCACCCUCUGCACAGCUUUGCCAAUAUCAUCAUUGUUCCCCUUCUUGUAUUUUAUGAUAAGAGACUUGAAUGUUGCUAAAAGAACAGAAGAUAUCGGCUUCUAUGCCGGUUUUGUAGGUGCUUCAUUUAUGUUUGGUAGAUGCUUGACUUCAACAGCUUGGGGAAUAGCGGCGGACCGUAUUGGGAGGAAACCAGUUGUCAUGUUUGGCAUUUUCUCCGUGGUUGUGUUCAAUACUUUGUUUGGGCUUAGUGUCAGCUAUUGGAUGGCAAUUGUUACACGAUUUUUGCUGGGUGCUUUAAAUGGUCUACUUGGACCAAUUAAGGCUUAUGCCAUUGAAGUUUGCCGAUCAGAACAUGAAGCCCUAGCAUUGUCACUUGUCAGCACGGCAUGGGGAAUAGGUCUCAUCAUUGGUCCUGCUUUAGGAGGCUACCUUGCACUGCCUGCAGAAAAUUUUCCAAAUAUCUUUUCACCUGACUCAUUCUUUGGAAGGUUUCCAUAUUUCUUACCAUGCUUAUGCACAUCAGUCUUUGCUGCUGUUGUUCUCAUAAGCAAAGACUGUGGCAUUUAUAUGUGA